UAAUUUCACAGUAAGAUCCCACUUUCAAAUAAUCUUCAGCACCAAGCAGUUUUUCUAGAUUUAAACAAAAAUGUGUCAUGGUGAAUUAGAAUGUUUUUGGGGCUGUUCCAAGCACUGAUUUUUUUUCUAUCCUUCCACAAGCCUUGAUGGUGAUAAACUGUUGUAUCAGUUUCUGUGAAUCAAGUAUAUUAUACUCCUUAAACAAAAAAAGAUCUUAGUGUUAUACUAGAAACAAACCAACAAAAUUAGGCAAAAUUGGGGCUAAUUUUUAUUUUUCAAUGAUGGACAAAAGACGAAACCACAAGAUGUCACUCUCUCCUAAGAAGCUGAGAAGUGCUUUCCCACUGACAGCUGGAGAGCUGAAUAGGCUGAAUGGGACUCAAUUAUAUGUAGGUCUUAGUAAAAUCAAGGAGAGUUGCUUGUGUUUGAGAGCAUAAUCAGACCCAGGUGCCUGACAUUAAUAAUCAGGGGUGGGGAGAACAAAACUCAAACCUCUUUUUCUUGCUAACAGGUUGCUGGAUGGAGUUCACUGCACGUAGGGGAGUUGUUGUUCAGUUUGCUGCCUGUGUGAUUGUGCUGUGUGCUCAAUGUGGGGUGAAGUAAAAGUUAGUUAAUUCAACCCAUCCCCGUGAACAGCAGUGGAGCUGGACUGUGGUUACUUCAGAGUGUUGGUGCUGCAAUACGAGACAUUUUUCUUGGUUACAAGAGAGAAAUAAGUAGGAUUGAAGCCAUUGAUAUGCUGGCCCUGUUAUUCUGUAGUUCUGUUUCGCUUACCCCUUUUCUUUCUCCCCUCCCCUGCUGCCUUCCACACAGUCACUAGAAUUUCUGUGUAAGCAGAUUCCCAGCAUGUUCUUCCCUUGUACAGUGAGGUUACACCACUCUCAGCUGUUCUCCUCUUUUCCUGGGGAGGAGACAAUAUUGUUCCUAUGAGGAUUUUCUAAAAAAGACAAGGUGAACUCUAGAAAUGGUGUGUACAAGCCAAUUCUUGAGUUGUCUGUUUCUUUUAACGGGCGAUCUUUGCUUUUGUCCCUACAGUAGAAAUACACAGCGAGAUGGAUGAUUUACCCCAAAACCCAUUGCCAGGGAGGAAGAAAACAGAACUUUAGUAACUCAGAUAAUACCAGCAAGAAGUGAGUUGACUUCCUUUGUGAGCCACUGCAUUUAUUGACACAGUUGGUGAGAAAUGAGAGAUUAUUUUAGCUUAUAAACCUCUCUGCAGUCCUCCAGGGUUUUGGAUCAAGCUGCUGUUGUUCCAGGGGUGCAGACAGAAUGAAGACACUGCCUGCUGACCAGGGACCUUUGUUAAUUGGUUCAGUAGCUCGUGUUUGGCUUCCAGCUGGGAUUGGUUAAGGGCUAUAAACCAAAGUUACACGUGAUAAACCAUUUGCAAUACACAAACAUAGCUGGUACUGUGAAACUCAUGACCAACGCUGCAUAUGUUACCCCCAUCUACCAGGGCUUCUCAACUGAUGUUCUCUUUAUAUAAUUCUACUGCUCGUACAACAACAUACAAAUGAAUAUUUUUCAUUUCACAGCACUAAUUAGAAGCCUGAGUCAUGGACCAGUUGCUGUAGGCAUUAGGCGAACAAAAAUAUAGACAAAAGUCAUGUAAUAAAAUGCAGUUUAAAUUGCAGUUUAUAGACAAUAACACAGUGCUGUAAGGCUAAUGAAAGAUAUCAGGCUAAUGAAAGAUAUCAGGCUUAGUCACAGUCAUUCUGCAUGCAGGUAAAUGCAGAAAGCGGUGAAGAUAAACAUGUUAUCCAAACAAUAAGCGAGGCUCAGCUGCACUCGCUAUUUUAGCAGUUUCUCAGACUUUUUCAAAGCAGGAAUGCAGCCUCCAAACUCCAUUAAUGGCUGCGCCUGGAACUCCAGCAGCUCAUCAUUCUCAGGUAGGUGUAACUCCAAACCAAGCGCAGCAAAGCUCAGAAUGUUGGCAGCGGUUCCUAAGAAGCACCGCAUGCAGGAGGUUUCACAGCGCUUUCCGCUUUCAGCUGUGAUCAAAUAGUCUGAAAGUUCUUUUUUGUAAUGAUGUGUUUGCAACACUGUGUCCUGGAAACUAAUCUGGCAGAUAGUACUGGUAAGAUUCUCAGGUCUACUAGGAACUGGUUGAGGGAAAAUGAUUGAAAUUGUUCAGCCCGCUGCCUGAGUUUUUAUCUUUUCAGCCACAUGGAAUCACAAUGUGAAUGAUGUUUCAGAUAUGACCCAUGCUUUACUGAUGACAAGUUGUUGUACUAUCUGGCUCUCAUAAACACACAUCUUCUUUUUUUAUAUGGAAGAAUUAUCUUUUGGACAAACUGAGGGAAGAAUUCCUACAGAAAAAUGAUUCUGUAUUUGUGUAGAAGUGCUUUUAACUAAGGAAGAAAAGCAUAGAGGGGAAACACAGGUUGUGUCUAAAACAUAUAUUUGUGCUCUCCUAAAGGGAUUGGAAUAGGCCAUGGAAAAAUCCUGUUUCUUUCUUUAGGUAGCUUCAAACAUCCCUUCAAGUACUUUAAUGCUACCAAAAGAGUUUAGACUCAACCAUAGUUUGACGUUUUUACUCUGUUUACAAGUAUUUGUUAAGAAUCGUGUUUUAAAACCAAGCAACUCGCAGUGCUGGAAUGCUUACAGGCAGUAACUGUUUGAUAGCAUUGCCUGAACAGAAUGAAAGAAAUAUGUUAAAACAUGCUAAGAUAAAGACAUGCAGAAGUCCAUCUUGCCCUGAGACUCAUAAGGGUCAUAGUCUGGACAGCACCAAAUCUCACCAGUAACCUGCUCUGAUACAAAAAGCCUAUUUAUUUGAGGCUUUUGGCAUUGUCAGCAUACUUUGUAAAUGGCAGAUUUCUAAAAGUAGCAGCCAGAAAGCUGGCAUAGUUUGACACAGAAAUUAGUGAAAUUUAUCAGGUUUAUUACAAGGAAAAUACUGGUCUUAAAAUUCAUUUGGUCUCCUCAGAAAUGUUCUCUCUGGGUCAGGCUGGCUUGGAAUUGCCAGCGUGUAGUGACAGGCUGUUGUUUCCCAAGAGCAGGACCAUAUAGAACUCUGCUGCCAACUCUGAUCCAAGGAUGUGUCUUCAUCAGCUGAGCUGCUGUUAAAACCCUCAGGGAAACCCCCAGAGAGGUAAAAGAGGACUAUUCUCAUGUUGCUGCUGCCUGUUUUACAUCUGUGUCUCCAUUGAUUUGUCCUCUACAGAAUUUUCUCUUUGGUCUAAACGAAAAGAGAAUUGGAGACAAUAUGCUACAGUUUAUAAGUUCACAUUUCUUGAGCAGAAAUGAUUUGUGAAUCGUCACAAUAUUUUGGCGCUCGUCUUACUGCUACAGUUCCAUAGGUUGCAAAUUGACCAAGCUAACCUUGAAUACUUUAAAUUCAUUUGUUUUCCAGUGUGGUUCCAAGAUUAAUGUGUAGACAUCUAUAGAACAAAGUGUUCUGAGGAGGUGAUUUCUUUAUUACUGACCUUUUGAAUCAUGACACAUGUGGAACAGAGCCUGGAACCAUCAGCAGAACAGUUUGCCUUGUAUGAGUACUGGAUGUUACCAGUCCUUCCUCUUCACUCUGAUGAUCACAACAAGUAACGGUUCAGGGAGCGCGGCUUGGCUGGCUUCCUGUCUGCAGGUCCCCGAAGUUUAAUGAGAUGAAUUCAGGCCUCUUCAGACUGUUGGCGAUAGAUUCCUCUGCCUACCAUCACUGCACAGAGAUUUCACAAGGGCUUUAUUCUGCUGUACUUGGCUUUUCCCUGUGCAUGCUCUCCAAGUCCUACCAGUGGGAGUCAGAUAGUUUACUGGAAUCCUGAAUGGGCAGAACAAAAAGACAUUUGUUGCCUAGUCCUUCCUAUGAGUAUCCAUGCAGAUUGUACUAAUGAAAUAUUCAAAGAAAGUCUCUCUAACCAAUUCAUCCCACACAAAUGCCGUGGAUUCCUGGAUAUAGUCAAACCAGAUGAUGAUCUGACAAUUCACCAUUUGGAACCACAAAGUACCUUUGCAUGGGAGCUGAAACUUUCUGAUGAAAGUUAUGCCUCUGUACUUUACUCGCACAGUGAAGUUCGCCAGCAGAAUUCCUAAGAGAAUGUUUUAGAGACUUCAGUCGCUGUUGGGGAAGAUACAGAAAGAUUUUAUAAUGGUCAGCCUUUAUAAGGACCAAGAAGAACAGAAAGGAGAAAUCUGAAGGAAAGGGAGGAUGGGGAAUAGUUUUUCUGUGAAGAAAUUGAAAGUAUGGAGCCUGGGAGCUCAAGUGAAGAAGGAACUUCGCCUGUAAUAUGGGAGAUGGAGAUGAAUAGGGCACGACUGACUGCUCUGUUAGAACCUAACACAGCACAUCACUGAAACGUGCUUCUCAUAACGACUGGUCAUGUUUAAAAACCACCCGAAACCUUCAGCAGGGACCGGCCGAUGCCCAUUACAGUGUGGGGCUGCCCGCGUCUGCACUUCGGCUGAAACAAACCUUAUUUCAAGCACAUUUUGAAGUGAAUAGCUUCACUAGACCUAUUCUCAGGACCCAUAGCUUUAAUGCUUUAAGGAAAAUAGAACAUAAAAAUAGCCAUAAAACUGACCUGUCAGUUCCCACCAAGAGAAGAGUCUCUGUGUUUGUUCUCAAACGCAAAGCCAAAGAAGGAAGCCUGGAAAAUUGUGGGUAAAAUGGCUGAGCACGUUCAAAUGGAGCAAGGACAUUCAACAGAGCGAAGAGAUGCUCCCAAAGAACUUUCAUGAGCAUUACAAGAAAUACAAGACUCUUUAAGUACCUAUUAAAUUUUGGGAUAAAUUAAUUGGGCAUUUGACCACCAUUAAUUAAAAAAAAAAAAAAAUCAAGACAAUUAAAUUAAACAGUAUUAAACAGUUUCAGAACAAAUAUGAGGCCUUGGUACUUAUUUUAAAAUUGUCCUUUAAGCUCCAAUGAUUGUUUGCUGCUACCCUUAUCUACAGUCAUGCUGAAUAAAGCUAUAGCUAAAUAGAAAGUUAAAUGUAUUCACAAGGUGUUAAUGUCUACAUCUUAUUAUUUGCAGUCCGUCAAAGAAGCAAAAGUAAUUACAAAUAGCGCUAUGCCAGAAACUGGUUUCUUGACCAACAAUUUUGCUUCAGCAUGCAAUGAACUGAUAGGCAAAGAAAAGAUACACUUCAAGUGGGAGAAAUGUGAAAACAAUCCAGAAAAGUGAAGUCGCCGGAGUGAACACACCAGAGAUUCAUCUGGCCGAUCACGUAUCCCGCUACAGGUAUCACCAGCCACCUUCUGGAAAGAGUGUUCAUUGAUACCAGUUAGAUCAGCCCAGGAAUUUGUUUGAUGUGCUUAAGAGAUUGGUAACAAAACCUCCUAACGUGACUGCGUUGCGAGGUGACAGUGUUCCCUUGGAGACGGUGAAUCCACACAGCCCCAGCCAGGAUCCCUGCGGGUCCCCUCUCUCCAGAGGAUGUAGAACCACCUCUCCAUGCGGGGGCAAAGAUGGGACGAUAAGCUCUGACUCUAGACAAACAGCCUUAUGCAAGAUGUGAGGAUUUUACGGAACAGCAAGACAUGUCUGAAAGUUCCUCAGGUCUGACUACAAGCAAUCAAAAAUUCUGUCAGUCUUAUUCAUCCUGCUGCUCCAUCCUAAGCGAUACACACACGAUUCCACCAGUUUUAACACGAAACAGAGGAAUCAUCUGGCAGAACUGUGAUUCUGGGCUACCUUCCCCACUUCCUUCGGAUUCCUUCAAGUAUCUCAGGUGGUAUGACAUAGAGGAACAUGAUGUUCGAGGAAAUCAGCUUCAAUGUCCCCGAGUGAGAGAAGGGCCUUCAGAAGAAGAGCUGUUUUUCAGAGGAGAAGAACAUACUUUGAAGAAAAGAACACAAGUAACUGACACAGAGAAGUGGCAAAAGAAACUGCAAGAGAACUGGGAAAACUGUGCUGAGCUGAACCUUUCAUUUCAGGACCUGGGUGAUCUUUACCAGGUGGAAAACUUCAAAAGGAUUCUCCAAAGAUUAAUUCGGGUGGAAAAACUUUGGCUGGUGGACAAUUCUUUGACAGACCUGAGUGCCAUAAGGUUGCCAAGAUGCAGAGAACUAAAUGUCAAUAAAAACCACUUUACAUCCUUCAAAGAGCUGCCAAAGAUACCUCAGAUUCAGCACUUAUCACUCGCUGAAAAUAACAUUAUGACACUAAGUGGAAUAUCAGACUUCAGACAUACUCCACUUGAAUCUCUUGUACUCAAGAGGAAUCCCUGUGAGUUUCAAGAAAGAUACAGACAACUUGUAUUCUCCAGUUUGCCAAAUCUGAAAAUGCUGGAUGGUGUCCCAAAACUGCCAGAGGACUGUUCCCCUCCAAGUAUAAGGGUUUUUUUCAGAAUGUGUACUAUACUCUAGCACUGUAUUUUUGUAGAAUCACAUCUGUGCUAUAAUCACCUCACUUAAAAGAUACAAUAUAUCUUGUGUAUGGAAGUCACUAUUUUUUUCUGAUCAAAGAGAUGUUGAAGCUGAAAUGUAAUUUUUGAAUGUGUUUGUGAUACCACAGACUUGAAUUAAGUAUGGACAAAUGACAUGUAAAUAAGACAUAAUGUGUAUGCUGAAUGUCAUGAGUUUGGUGCAUUAAAAAUACUGGGUGACUUUCUUGUCUAGGGACUCUGUGUAGACAACAACUCAAUAUUGUUGACUCUCACUGCAUUUACUUAAAACGUGUCCAAGCUCAGAUGAUGUGUCCAUUAUGGAAAAUGAUGCAGGGAUUAAAAAAACCAAGACAAAACAACUGAAUAAAAGAACAGGCUAUGCAGUUUCCUUCUCUA